GUGUAGUGUGGUUCAGUUUUAAUGAAACCUCUUUAACCUUAAGCCACUAAUAUGAAACAUUUAUUGUCUCGUUCAAUAUUGGCAAUUUAUUUUGGAUUUUCUGCUCUGCUAUUCAAUCUUAUUUCGUGUACGGCUGUAGAAAAAUCAAUUAACAAUAUUACCUAUGUUGGAGAAGAAAGACUAGAUUGGAAGGAUGAUAAUGUACGAAAUCAGUUUGAUGGAGGUAAUUUGAAAAAUGUUUCUUUAGAAUAUGCUCCAACAAUCCCUAAUAAAAGUCGACAGAAGCGACAAACUAAAAAGCGAAUUGAGAAGGUAGAAUGUGGUCCCAGCAGAGAUCAUACGCAGCUAAUGUAUGUGCGGACCGACUCCAUAAACAAGUACACUUGGAAGGAACGUUUGACAUACGAUUUGACACAACAGGUAUCCGCUAUUCGUAUAUGUAGCCCCGGCUAUUCCAUCUACCAAUAUUCGGGAACCAAUUCCUGUCUACCCUUCUGUAACCGUUGUGGCCAAGGCGAAUGUAUGGCGCCUGAUGUGUGCAAAUGUUAUAGUGAUUUUGAGAGAAACCCUGAAGGUGUUUGCACUAGUGUCUGUCCUUUGGGUUGUUAUCAUGGGUAUUGUGAUUUGCUGAAAGGCUGUUCAUGCUAUGAAGGCUAUCAAUUGGAUAAGACAAAGAAAUUUUGUCUCCCCAUUUGUGCCGACGGCUGUGGCCACGAUCCCAGAAUGAAGUGCAUAUCUCCGAGAGUUUGUGACUGUAUCGAAGGAUUCUCUAUGGUCGAUGGCAUUUGCAAGCCACAAUGUAAUCCCGAUUGCGGACCUGGAGGAGAGUGUAAAGCAUUUGGCCUCACUAGCAAGUGCGCAUGCUAUCCAGGCUAUAAGUUACGAAAGGGAGUUUGUGAGAGCGAUUGUUAUCAGACUUGCGCCAAUGGCAUUUGCUAUAAUCGCCAUACCUGCCAUUGCUACUCGGACUACAUUUACAACGAGUAUACUAGGAAUUGUGAAGCACGUGUGGGCAUUAUAGAAAGAUAUUCAUUUAAUUUUUAAUUAAAAGUUAUAAAAAACCAAACCCACCACCAUGGAUUCUGUUAAAAAUAAAAUAAAUUUAGUUGAUAAUUUUUCUCUA